AUGGGACUUGUGAACCUCUUGGUGCCGUUCCUCGCCACCUGGUUCGGUAUCCAUGUCUUCUUCUUUCUCCUACAACGAUUCUUGAACCGCCCUAACUUGCCCGUCGGUCCUGGAAGUGGUUCUGAAUAUGAGUUACUGCCGACUGUAUCAGGACUAAGCGGAGGACAAUCGGGAUCAGGGACAACAUCAAAACCAGGAUCCUCUUCUAGUGGACUACUGGUCAAGCCGUUCCAUGUCCGUUUCUCGACAACUGGGCUCAAUGCGUUCUUUUUUCGUCUCGGCAAUUCGCCCAAACUAGUCCGGUUCUGGCGCGUGUGGUAUGACCUUGGAGUGUUGUUCGGACUGCUGGCUAUGAUCGUCGGCUGGUCUUUGUUGGCGUACGCAGCCUUCCAAUUGGUAUCAGUGGCAGUGGUGUCGUUGAUGAACCUAUGGCCACUCGGGCCAAGCGAAAGCAAGAACAACCAGGAUCCUCCUCCGCUCAACAGAUUUAGGAAACGGGACGUUGUUAUCGACACAGCACCUGCAAAAAGUUCAACGGGGGGCUCGGGGGACAGUGAUAUGGUGCUCAUCCCAAUGAUUCCCGGUGUGACACUUCCGUUGUCCCAUCUCCCUUACUAUCUGAUCGCCCUACUUGUCUCAGGUGUUAUUCACGAAGCUGGACAUGCCAUUGCUGCUGCGAGAGAAAAAACACAAGUGUCAUCAGCGGGUAUCUUUCUGUACAUAUUAUACCCUGGAGCCUUUGUCGAACUUUCUCCGAGAGCCCUGGCAAUCAUGUCUCCUAUCCAACAAUUGCGCGUCGUCUGUGCGGGCGUCUGGCACAACUUUGUUCUCUUUGCGGCGGCUGGGAUCUUUCUAUCAAGCGGCGCUUUUCAGCUCUCACUCCAAAUGGUCGGCUGGAAGCAGAUGAACAACGGAGUCAGUGUUGUCAGUGUAGCUCAGGAGAAGGAGUCUGGAUUUUGUAUACCCCAAAAUCUCCUUUUCAACAAGCCAUCUGACUGCUGCUUGUUCACUCCCAAGGAGCCAUUUGGACACUCUUCCGACCCUUCAAUCUCAUGUUUUACUCCGUACGAUCCUUCAGGAACAGAGUCAACGCCACGAGAGGAUGGUGGCGAGAGGGUUUUGGCCCAAAACGGGCAAUGCUUACCAUCAAUCGACGUCCUUGGGGACCCUGCGCCUGUGCGAUGUACUUCCAGUGCUCCUUCAUGCCCCGGAGAAAGCGCCUGCUACAGAACUUUUAGUGCAUACAGGACAGGAUCCAUGGUCAGGAUUUACUACCAACUGCCGUCAUGGGAGACACCUGACAGCAAUGGGAUCCCCAAGGGUGCUUCAUCGACAAUGGGGGAUCAAGUAGUGCUGUAUCAGGGCGAUCCAAAGGAUAUUUGGGAGACUGUCGAGGUGACGAGUAUGGCAGCUAGGUGGUCAUUCCUGCCUCUCUGGCUCCCAGAGGCUGCCCUUCACACUAUCCGCUAUACAAUAUCGUUCUCGCUGGCCCUUUCUAUCCUGAACAUUGUACCGGCGCGUCAUUUGGACGGCCACCACACGCUCAAGGCCUUUGCCGCGCUGGUAUUCUCAAUCAUUCAGAGUUACAAGUCGACGCAGUCGCUGCAGGAGAGUCUUUCGGAAUGUCUACUGGAUAAUGGAUCAGUGCUGACUGUGGCAUCCUUGGGUCUUGCGACGACGACGUUCCCCAAGGGAUCCAAGGCAGUGAAGGGGAUAGUGGUCAGUACGACGGUGCUGCUGGGCGGAGUGAUGGUUGGCAGUCUUCUCCAAAUGGUCGCUGUGACAUUUUUCAGAAAACAUUAA